GAACUAGAAGAACUCAAGCCAAAUGGUGGUUCUGGAAGAGUCAUCAAGCAAGAUAGCAAAUAAUGUUGUACAACAAGAGUGAGAUCUGGUGGAUCUGGCAUGGCACUGUUUGCAAUGUUAUUAUGCAAUAUUGCCCUUCUGGGACUAGCGGCAUCCCCGGUCUCGACCCAUCAGACGGACCGAGUGAGGUAAUAAUGAUUGAAGAUGACCAUGAAGAUAUCCAACCAACCUGCAAUGACUGGUCAAUGCCUUGUAUUCUAGUUGAGCAAUGUGAUGUGUCGACUCGUCUCCUCAUUGACCAAUUCUAUGGCGUCAGCGAGCAACCUUCAGCAAGCUCAAUGGAUGAACGAGAGUCUACUGCCUUUCUUGUUCCGGCUCUGUGGGCCCAGGCCCGCGGAUCUUUCAUCAGUCAUCAUCAGAUACCUCAGAGGCUUGAGGUAAAUGCAAGGAAGCUGAAUUCUAACAGGUUAAGCAUCUCAGCAAUUCACUGCCAUCUCAAUAAUACCUCCUUAAUGGCUGCUAUCGGACAUCCCAACACAACGGGCCCCACUGAUGAUGUCGACUGACCUCAUCUCCAGAAUCCUGAGAGAAGUCACUCGAAGUGCAUCAGAGUGGAUACAACGGUUCGAUCAACGUCUCCCGACGGGAAAUACCGACUGCAUCAGCGACAGACCACCGCUACAUCAUCAUGU